AUGGAACUCUCCUUCCUUGCCAUUGCUCUCGCCGCCAUGGUUUUCGUAACGACGGUCCUGCGAUUCAGGCAGAACCGCAAGUAUUGUCUCCCGCCAGGCCCUAGGCCGUGGCCGGUCAUCGGGAGCCUGAACCUGCUCGGCCCGCUUACUUACCGCUCCCUCCACGAGCUCUCCCUGCGGUAUGGCCCGCUGAUGUCCGUCUGGGUGGGCUCUGUCCGCGUCGUUGUCGGCUCCUCCGCCGACGCCGCCCGGAUGCUCCUCAAGAGCAACGACGAGGCGUUUAUCGACCGGCCUAGGCUCAACAUUGGCAGGUACCUGUUCUACAACUACUCCGACAUGUUCUGGGCGCCCUACGGCGCGUACUGGCGCCAAGCGCGCAAGCUCUGGCACACCGAGCUCCUCAGCGAGAGGCAGCUCAAGCUGCACGAACAUGUCCACCGCGAGGAGGUGAAGGCCAUGCUGCGCGACCUGCACGCGGCCUCAUCAAUGGGGCGUGCGGUGGCAUUCAGGGACCACCUGCUCAUGCUCAACCUCAACGUCGUCUCCCGCAUGGUGAUGGGCAAGAAGUACGUCGCGGAGGGGGCCAGCUCGGUGACGACGCCGGAGGAGUUCCGUUGGAUGAUCGUCGAGCUGUUCGUUCUCACCGGCUCGCUCAACAUCGGCGACGUGAUCCCCUGGCUUAACCCGCUGGACCUACAGGGGUACAUUGGUAGGACGAAGAGGCUCAGCAGGAUGAUGGACAGGUUCCUCGAACACGUGCUGGACGAGCACAUCGAGCGUCGUCGGCGCGAGGGUGAUGGCUUUGUGGCGAAGGACAUGGUUGACCUGCUGCUGCAGCUCGAUGAAGACCCGGACAUGGAGGUCCGCAUCCAGCGGGACGGUAUCAAGGCAUUUAUUCUGGACACCAUCAGCGCCGGCACGGACACCUCGGCGGUGACCAUCGAGUGGACCCUAUCGGAGCUGCUGAAGAACCCAGUGGCCCUCACCAUGGCCACCGAGGAGCUAGACCGCGUCGUCGGCCGUGACCGUCUGCCCACGGAGGGGGACCGUCUGACAUACCUCCAGGCAGUAAUCAAGGAGUCGAUGCGCAUGAAUCCAGCUACACCACUGCUUUCGCCACGGCGGUGCCGCAGGGACGCAGUUGUGGGUAGCUACAGCAUCCCGGCGGGCACUUGCGUGGCGGUCAACGUCUGGGCCAUCGGCCGUGACCCUUCUGUGUGGGAGGAGCCCAAUGAUUUCCGACCAGAGCGAUUCCUGGACCGCAGCACAGUGGAUGUGAAGGGGCAGGACUUCGAGCUGCUACCGUUCGGAUCUGGUCGCCGGAUGUGCCCGUGCAUGGGCCUUGCGCUGAAGAUGCUACAGUUGACCCUGUAG